AUGGAAGAGAUACCAAUUGAAGAGCUUGUACAAAGACUCUAUGCAUCUGAAAAUUCGGGCAAUACAAAACUAAUUGAAGAAACGCAUAAAAUACUUAUAAAAUACCAAAGAUCUGAUCAGUCUUUAAAACUUGCAGAUUCUUGCAUGCGUAGUUCAAAUUUAAAUGUGCAAUUUUUUGGUGUAUCAACAUUUCAAAUGAAAAUAGAUUCGAAUUGGGAUAAUUUUCCUCAGAUUGAGAAAACUUCUUUGUUUGUAAGUCUUUUAAAGUGGUUAAAAGUAUAUAUCGAUGGACCUAUUAUUAUUCUUAGAAAGUUAGUCUCUGUUCUGUCUCUUUUUGCAUUAAAAACAAUACCAGAACUCUGGAACCGCCCUAUUCAUUAUCUAACAGUUUUUCUUGUUUUUGAUGAAGAAGUUCAAUUUGAUAAUAUGAUUAUUAUACCUGAUAUUAAACAUUUGGUUGGGUUACUUAACUAUAACCAAAAAAAAGCUCUAUUAAUGUUUUCUUCAUCUUUUAUAGAAGAAAUAGGAAACGAUAAUAUUUCUCUUUCAAAAAGAAAUCAGUUACACCAAGCAAUUCAAGAUUCUUCUAUGGAUAUUAAUCUUUUACUGAAGUAUUCUUUUGAAUUAUUUCCAAACAAUAGUGAAAGUGUUGAAGUGAUAUCUGAAGCUAUAUAUUGUUUCCAAGUUUGGGUAUUUUAUUGCUCUGAUUCUAGUUUUACAUUGCAAAAUAUUUUAUAUACUUAUGAAAAUAUUUUUGAGUCUGUUAUAUCUUGUUUAUUAUAUAAAGAGACGUUUUUAGUAGCAGCUGAUGCUUUGAAUGAUAUUGUUAAUCAUUCACCGAAGUCUUUAUCAGAAAAAUUAAUGAAUAAGAUGCAAGAAAUACUGUAUAAUUAUUGGAAAGAUAUUAAUCUUAUUGAAAAUUUUCAAAAAAAUAAUGGAUUUGAUAAAUAUGUAGUUGUUUUUUCAUGUUUAAUUAUUACUUUGUGUGAAGCUAACAUCGAUUUUUUUUUUCACCAUUUAACUGAUGAUAAAUCGAAAAUAUUUACUGGAAUAAUGCUUGAUCUUUUAGGGCUUCCGGGUUUUGCAAUAUUUCAAGAAGAUAUUAGUAUUCGAACUUUAGAAUUCUUUAAUUUACUUAUAGAAAUGUUUAAUGAUAACCUUUUUGAAAAGAAAAUAGACAAUAACACUAUUAACCAUAUGAAAAACAUAAUAGGAAAAGUACUUGAAAAUUGUUUAAUUAAAUUGAGGUGGCCUCCAAAAAACUUGUUAGAAAAUUGGCCUAAGGAUAUUUGUGAUAAAUUUAUACUUUAUAGAAGAGAUAUUGGGGAUUUAUUGGAAACCAUAUUUUCAUUCUUACAAACAGAAUUAAUUGAGAAAUUAACAAAUUUUUUAGAUCAUUUUUUAUCAGAAACUUUAAAUUGGGAAAAUAUUGAAGCAAUUAUUUUUUCAUUAGUUUAUAUAUCAGAAGUUUAUCCUGAAGAAGAAUCAGAAUCAGAUAAAUACAUAUUUAGAGUUUUUAGUGGUAAUCUUUUUUCCAUCUUAUCAUCAUCAUCACAUACCCAAGUUAAGUAUAGUGCAUUAAAAUUAGCAGGUUCUUAUGGAUCUUUCAUGAAAAGAUACCCUUCCGUUAUUCCAUCUGUUUUAACAUUUUUAUUUAGUUAUUUAGAAGAUCCCGAGCUUUCAUAUAUGUCUUCCAAAUCUAUUUAUAAAUUGUCAUCAGAUUGCCGGUUUUCAAUUGCUAAAGAACUUUCUACUUUUUUAUAUAUUUUUAAAACAAUAUCUCAUACUUUAACUUUUUCAUUUGAUACAAAAUACAAGAUUUUUGCUGCAAUAUCAUGUAUUAUUCAGUCAUUACCUAGUCAUGAACAAAUAGAACCUUUAAAUAUUUUAAUUCAGAAAAUUGUUGAUGAUCUUGAAUUAGCUCAAUCUCUUAAAUUUGAAGAUUUUGAUAAAUCAACAAAUUUGGCACUAUCUUGUAUUAAUUGCUUAACUUUUAUUGGAAAAUCUCUGGUUUCAUCUAUAGUAGUGGAUACUUGUAAUUUUGAGAAUUCUGAUAGUAAUUUAACUGGUUUGGCAAAUAAUAGAUUUAUUACACAUGAUUUGAUGAAAAUAUUUCUUAUCGCAGAAGAAAUAUGUAAUAAUAGUGAAAAAGUUACCCAGUGUAUUUGUGAUGUAUUUAAAUCUGGAUUUCUUGAAUAUUUUUUCGGAAUAUCUUUUUUAAAAAUUCAUGUAUUUAUUCAAUAUUUACUUAGGAGAUUUGAAUCUUAUGGAUAUUCCUGUUUAAUAUCAUCUGCUGCUUAUUUAGUAGCACAUAGAAAAACUAAUAAUACGGAAAAUAAUAUAGAUAUGCUAGAAUUUAUAUUAUAUAAAUUUGCAUCACUAUUUGUGUCAUUUUUGGAGAAAAAUGAUAUUAGUAAAAUUUCAGAUAUAAUACAUGAGUUUUUUGACUUUUUAAAGACAUAUAUAUACUGUAAUAUUGGUAUUCUUAUAAAUAUGCAACCUCCAUGCAUUUUUGAUAAUUUAAUGACAUUAAUUAUUAACUCUUUGUCUUCUAAGGAUAGUUUGGUUCAAAAAGGAGCAAUAAAUUUUUUGAUUGAAUUUAUUACAUUUCGUUCAAAUAAUGGAGAAGAAUGUGACCUUGUUUUAAAUGUGAUUUCACAUUAUGGUUUUUUUAUAGUAAGACAAGUUAUGAUUGGUAUUGUUGGGAGUUUAUCUAAAAGUUUUCUUGUUUUUCUUUCUGAUUUAUUAUAUAAAUUAUGUUUAAAAUCCCCUCAAAAUGCUAGAAAUUGGCUACUAGAAGUAAUAAACGAAGAUAUAUUUCCGUAUUCUAAUUUAGAUAAAUCUUACAAAAUUGAUUUUAUUAAUAAGUUUUUAAGAAUGAGGACUUUUCAGAAAGCUAAAGAAUCGAUUAGUGAUUUUUGGUUAAAAAUACAAAAUAUGGAAAAUAUAUCAUAUACAUAUAUUUAA